GGCAUGGUCCACAGUGGUAUAAAUGCACUCAAGGCUUGACAUAAAUUCUCUUUUUAUUGAAGUCAAGCCGCUGUCCUAAGGGAGUCCAAGCAACAGAGUAUAUCAAGCAUGGCAGAACAGGCAUUCGUCACCUUGGCCACAAAUGACAGCUAUGCAAAGGGAGCUAUGGUGCUUGCAAAAUCCCUUAGGAACCAUAAGACUUCAAAAAAGCUGGUGGUGCUCGUUGGACCCCACGUGUCAGAUCAGUCCAGGGCAGUGCUUCAUAAGAUCUAUGAUGAAGUCAGGCUAGUUGACGUGAUGGACAGUGGAGACACAGCACAUUUGGCCAUGAUGAAGAGACCUGAUCUGGGUGUAACUUUAACUAAGCUUCACUGCUGGACACUCACAAACUAUUCUAAAUGUGUGUUUAUGGAUGCAGACACACUGGUGGUAUCAAACAUAGAUGAGCUGUUUAACAGGGAGGAACUGUCUGCAGCCCCAGAUCCCGGCUGGCCUGAUUGUUUCAACUCUGGUGUGUUUGUGUUUCGCCCGUCUAACGAAACCUACAGCAAACUUCUCCAGUACUGCACUGAGCAUGGCAGCUUUGACGGAGGGGACCAAGGAGUCCUGAAUGGCUUCUUCAGUGAUUGGUCAACAACUGAUAUCACAAAACACCUUCCAUUUAUCUAUAAUAUGAGCAGCAUAGCGAUCUACACAUACUUGCCAGCAUUUAAGCAAUAUGGUGCAAAUGCAAAAGUUGUCCACUUCUUGGGACGGAUGAAGCCAUGGAGCUACACUUACGACCCCAAGCAGAGGAAAGUGCGAGGGGAUGUUCAGGAAGCGUCUCACCCUAGCUUCCUCCUGGAGUGGUGGGCUCUCUACAGCGGUGAAGUUGUGCCCAUGCUGUUCAGAGAAUAUGGAGACCAGCCCUUCCACUCCGGUUGUGAGGAGGAUGUUGCACUGAGUCAGGAUGCUCCACCGCCCAUGUCCUCAGCAGAGCGCAAGCAGAAAUGGGAACAGGGCCAGGCCGACUACAUGGGAAUAGACUCUUUUGACAACAUCCAGAAAAAGCUUGAUGCUUUCCUUAAAUAAAAAGAAAUGGUUGAGGGAAUUACAUAACAUGAAUGCUCACCAUGCAGUUUUACAAAGUGACAAUUCAAACACAUGUAGAUGUAGCAUAUUCUUUCAGCUAUGCAAGACUGUCACUUUGCAGUACUCUUUACUCACACUCUUUUUCUCUUCAUUCACUGUGAAUCUAGCCCUUAUUUACGGGCUGAUAGAAACCUUCUAAUGCAAAAUGUGACUGCUAAAAUGCACAGCAAUUUCAUGGACUUAUAAAGGGAUAUUCUUUAGUAAUAUUAUAUAUAUAAACUUUUCAACUUUCCAUUACACAUGGUGAUGGUUUUGGAACUAGUUUACACCACUCAUGCUCUAAGUUUGUAUUGUUUAAAUGAAAGCACACCACUUGCCAAUCCUACCAUUUUUAAAUGAUCCCUCAAACCAUAUUCUAACUUUUUACAAAAAAUAAAUUUCUGGAAGACACAAACUGCUAUUUCCACCUUAGUUUAAACAUUUUUAAAGGUUUUAAAUGUUACAGGUUCUGAUGUUUUUUUUUUUAUUUAUUUACUUUUUAUCUUCAUUACUGUUUUUACAUGAUGUAUCUGUUCUCUGUUUUACAGCUGUUAUUACUAUGUGCAAUAUAUGGGCACUUUUCUGUUUCUCAUUUUUUUAUAUACAUCUUUUUUCUGUAUUUUUCUUUUGUCUUUUUUUUCUAUCUCUGUUUCUCUUAUCCAGUGUUACAGGGCCUUUGUCCCCUCAAACUUCAAAAUAAA